CCCUGGCUAUCAGUUGGAAACAUUUCAUAACAAUUCCAAACAAGUCACUGUUUUUAGCCCCUCGCACCAAGUUACAUUUACUUGUCUUGGUUUUGGUGAAAAGCUGUCUUGCAUCCCACAGUCCUAAGGAUGCCUUUAACACAUCAUUUCUUUUGCCAUUUGUUAUGCAUCGUAGUGGAUUGGUAGGGGUGAUCUCCCUGGUGUCAGUAGUUCUAUCAUUAGUCUAAACAGUGGUGUGUCAGCAAAGGUAUAUGAUACCAUUAUAUAGGACCUUGUUAGCUAAAUGAUGCUGUCCCAAUGCACACCCCUACAUAAACUGAUGUGUGUUUUAGUGCUUUCUUUAUAACCAUGGUAAACUAAACAAUCUCUGCUCACCUCCCGCCAUGUGUCCAGUCACCAUAUCUAAACAUCACUAAACCUUAAAGGCAAGGUGUGGAGAACAAUUUGCAAUGUUAGUACACGCAUGUCCUGUACAUCUUUCAAAGAACUGAAAGCUCUUCUUCUUGAGGCGUCUAGUGUUGUUGUACCUGUCCCCAACACUGCGAUCACACAGCUCAGGGCUAGUACACCAACAUUCCUAGAAAGAUUGACACUGCUUUCAAGCAACUGGUAGCCAAGCUUGUUAUAAAGUACUUGAGAUUAAUUGUUAGGUUUGCUUGACAUCGUCCAACCCCAUGCAUGUUUAUAUAGUGUGUGUUUUGGUCUCUGGACACAUUUCGGUUAUAGCUGCUGCCUUCAUGUAGUAAUGAAUGUAUCUACUUUUGCAGGCCUCACUUGUUUAGUUACAGCUGUUGAGCAUGCUACUGGUGCUGAUACAUCUUUGUUCAGUCACUUAAACUGACAGCAGUGCCUAGCAACAUGACAAUUAACCCCAAAUUUAGCCACAGUAAUGAGCUGUUGUAGAUACAUACUUAUAAUGUAAAUUAAAGAGCUGUAGAAUACAAAACAAAGCAAAAAAAGAACAUUUUUUUAAUAUUUUAGUUGAUUGGUGUUAAUCAAAACAUUCUGUUUUAAAGCUGCAGUAAUGGUCAUUAUGUUGUACUUUGCAAAGGCAAGAAUGUCUGUUGAGCAAACGUCUAGCAGAAGGUCUUCUUACAGAGUAGUUUAGACUUGUUCUAGCCAGUCAUGAAUUAGUUGAGCCGGGAGGCUUCUAUUAUAUAUAAAGUUUUACCUUCCUGAAAGCUUGAGGUAAUUUCCUUAAUAUUCUUGCCUUUUUACUUAAUACUAUUUUUCUCUGUGAUUGCCAAGACUUUCUUGAAGUUGAUGUUUGAGGUAAGCAGGGUUAACAUAUCCCAUUCAGCCUUUGACUUUGGAUGUACACGUGUGUGACGCGUGUUACAGUGGGAGGAGGCAAGGUGCUUAAAUAAGCGGCACCCACAGAUCACUCUGUAACUUGAGAGGUGGGCUAUAAAUACCCCUAACCUUUCCUGUGUAUGCCUGUUUGUAUGUGUUUGCUCAGAGGUUGGUAAAGACUGGUUUGUCUGUUCGAGGACAAUACGCCUUUGGGCGGGGGGCCUGCCUGCUACGCAGCUGUCAGUCUUAGCUUCAGAAGUUGUUUUGGUUUACCUAGAAAUGCAGAAGACGGACUGUUGUUUUGAUUUAAAGUGUUCUGCAGCUCAGCUCACCUCAGUUCAGCUUUAGAAAAAAUGCCACAGCUAAUAACAUGUUUGUUGCGUUCGAGUGAAUGCCGGGUAUCCAGACUUCAGCAGGUCUCUCAGAUUUCUGCAGUUCUAGCAGCAGCCCCUCUUUCCAACCCAUUCGCAGUCAGAUCCCCAUUCCCACUGCACAUGUCAUGCCAUCCACGGCCGGAGCCCCGGCCUCUAAGCCCCAGUCAUGUGCCCAGGAGGACUGCCUGUCCUCACUUGAGGGUCACAGGUCUUCCUCUGGCUCCAGGACGCCAAGUGGCUCCGCCUCGAAGUCUUCCUCUCUCUCCAAAUCUGCAUCUUCGCCCAACUUGGAUGCUCAGGCUGGUGUGGGAGGUGAUCCUGUGGGGCCAAAGCCAGACUGCCUAAGCCGCUACCGCAGCCUUGUCAAUGGGCUGGACCACUCGCUUUUCCCCUCAGAUCACACACGGUUGGAUGAGGGCCAGAGGUUUGACACGCCUGCUGUAGAACCUACUCUAAAUCAGUCAGCCCUGUUAGGGGGGUUAUGCCCUGAUAUCAGACUCCGAUUGCAGACAAGUGGGAUUAGAGACAGCCCAGACUUUAUGUCUGAGGCCUAUAGAGGAGGAAUGGAGCACAGCUAUAAAGUUCUGCCUGAAGCUAGGCCUGGUGUUCCCGGCACAGCAGAAACCUCUAAUCAGAGGGGCAGUCAGCCUGGUGCAGCUGGAUCCCCUGGAGUUUAUGCAAGCCCUCUCAGCCUGCAGACACAGGCUCUGCUGAGGGAGCAUACAGGCUCCAAGGGUUAUGAGCCACUGCGCCAGGACAGAUCUUGUGAACUAUCCAGCUGGCAGCAACAACAGCAACAUAAGCAGCAGCUGGAGAAUUUACGCCUGCAACUGGAACAAAUGCAGUUAAUGGGUGCUGGAGUCGGUCAGUACCCAUCUCUGUACUCAAACCCUGUUCACUCAGAGUCUGGCAAGUGGGACGCUCUGGUUAAAGCCAGUGAGAGUCUGUUAAAGGAGAAGGAGCUUAUCAUCGAGAGACAAAAGCAGCAUAUGGCCCAGUUGGAACAGCGUCUGAGGGAAAGUGAGCUGCAGGUCCAUGGAGCCCUCUUGGGCCGAGGGGCUUCUUACGGGGAUAUGUGCAUGCUGCGGCUGCAGGAGGCUCAGAGAGAGAAUGCGUUCCUGAGAGCGCAGUUUACAGAGCGUACGGACUGCGUUGCCCUGGAGAAAGCAGAGGCAGAGCGCAGGCUGGGAGCAGUAGAAGCAGAGACACGCCGAGUAACAGACAGUCUGAAGGAGACCUGUGAGAGACAUGCAGAAGAGAUGAAGAAACAGGAAGAGAGGAUCCGCAGUCGAGACAAGCAUAUCAACAACCUGAAGAAGAAGUGUCAGAAAGAGGCUGAGCUAAAGAGAGAGAACCAGCAGCGCAUUGAGACUCUGGAGCGCUAUCUAGCUGACUUGCCCACCUUGGAGGACUACCAGAGCCAGAACAAGCAGCUCCUUGAGGCUGAACAGCAGGCAGGCCAGCUACAGGAGAAAGUAAAAGAAUUGGAAGUCUGUCUGGAGACGACCUGCUCACAACUACGGGAAAAAGACGCACAGCUGGAGGAGCAGAAACGCAGGGAGAGAGACCUGCUGACCACCAUUACUGAUAUGCAGCAGCGGGUGCAGCAGGGCCUUGAGGAUGGAGCCAGGCUGCCUUCGCUGGAUAUUGAGAAGCUCAGAGGAGAGAACAACACUCUGAGAGAGGAACAGCAAAGACUCAAAAAGGUCAUUGAGAAGCAACACCGAAUGAUGGAACAGCUUGGCUCCCAAAUCCAGGCUUUGGAGGAGCAGAUAUCUCAGGAAGAGAGCAGCUCUCAGGCUCUUAGAGAAGAGGUGUUGGCCAAAGAACAGAAUGUGUUAGAGCUCCACACAGCCAUGAAGGAGCUGUCAGCCCAGAACCAGGAACUGAUGGAGCAGAAUCUGACCCUGCAGGAGCAGAUGAGCACUCCAGAGCAGAGGAGCACGAAUCAGGCCUCCUCUGCCCUGCAGCCAGCCGGGGCUCGUCUCACACAGAGGCUUCAUGCAGAGAUCGCCUCCUGCCUCAGUGACCUGCGCUCCCUCUGCAGCAUCCUGACCCAGAGAGCUCAGGGACAAGACCCCAACCUCUCCCUGCUGCUUGGUCUCACAUCACCUCCACCAGUGGCAGAGCAGGACGAGGACUGGAUGAGUCCAGAGGUGCUACAGAAGAAGCUCGUCGAAGCUCAACAGCUCCGUCGAGAUGUUGAGGAACUCCGUAAUGUAAUAUUGGACCGUUAUGCACAGGACAUGGGAGAAAACUGCAUCACCCAAUAACCUUGCCACCCCGCCAGGUGAGGGAGGAAACUUGCAGAAGCCCCACUUCACCUCAGAAGCAUCUAAAACGUGCCCGUCUUUCAUGCCUAGUUACUGAAUGUCUGAGAGUGGACUGGAUUUUUAAUUUUCUUAAAAUGAGGACGGAGGAAAGCCCAAAUGGUUUAGUUUCUGCUUCUCUCAACUGAGUGAACGUCGUGUCUCAAGCCUGCCUGUAGCUCAGAACCCUCCCAUCCCCCCAGUGAGUUCAUCUAUUUCUGUCCAAGGGCUAACAGAAGAUAACUUACCUCUAAUACUUGAUCCUUAAAGCAUUGUGUGUGUUUUUUAAUAAUGAUGACAUGAUCCUGUCAGUUACCAAACAGUCUUAUACUUUUUGUUCCACUCUAGUGAAUGACUAUUUGUGUAGAAUACCCACAUAUAUAAUUUAUUUAAAUCUUAAUUUCCCUCCUGAGGGGAAUUAUCCAAGAAUGGUUGACAAUCAACUGAAAAUAUUUUAACCUGUUCUUUUAACUGAAUUCACAAGGAAAUGUUACUAACAUGCCAUUAUUUAAAAUGGUGAACACCGUAACAUUACACUCAGCUGUGAGGUAUACGACUUGAAAACUGAACGGUUUAAUACCAAAUCAGCUUCUCACACCAACAGGCCUACAACAGUUUUAUUACCAAAGAAAACUCUGGUCGAGGCAGUUGUGCGAGUCUAUGAAUGUUUGUGAACGCUCCUCUCUGCUGCAGUCCUCGUUCUGAAUGAAUACCAACAUGUGCCUUUCUGUCACGUUUGCAACCACAAUGCUAAUUCAUUUUAGACCAACCACAAAGGGCUGUUUGCAGCGCACUCUUCCAUGAUGACCUUUCUCUCAGUGUGUCAACCAGUAGGAUAGUCAAUACAUUCCCUGAUUCUGAAUGUAGCAGAUAACUGGGGGCCACGUCACAGAGCUCGUAGAGGCCCCUACACUGUUCUUUGCUCCUGGUAGAUAAAUGAAGUUUAGUAAAACUCAUUAGUCUGGGUGAUCUAUGUAGAAUCUGCUCUAUGUAGAUGAAUAUGUUCAAAGUAUUCUGUACAUUUCAGUUGAUGAUGGCUUCGACAGAGUAGUUAAGUGUAUGCCUGAGAAACAGUAUUAAUCUUUAGUAUUAUUUAUUUUUUGUUUGCAUUGACAACUCGGUGUGAGAGCGUUUUUGGUCCCCUUAAUGUGUUGCUUUAAUAAUGUGCUAAUGUUGUUUGAGCAAACUUGCCAUCAACAAUGUGUAAAGGUCCCGUGAAGUGGCUUCAGAUUGCUUUUGGUUUUUUUGUUGUUUUUUUGUUGUUUUUUUUCUUCUUCUGUGGUGUUUCGCAUGAGAGAGGCCAGGCCAUAGGUGGCCAGGCAGCAGUCACUGAGGAUGAUUCGCUUUCUUCAGGUGAAAGAGGGACAUGUUUUAAUUCCACGAAGUAGUGACGAUGGGAGGGGUUGGCUGGAUCACCCCUUAAUCACCGAUCACACUGUGCUCGAUGGAAUUUUAUAUUGCCCUGAGUGCAGGAUAAGCCAUUUUAAACUCUCGACACUUUACAGGAAAAGAAGGGGAUUUUAAUAUAAAAAUAUGCAACAAUGACUUUUUGACAAAUUAUACAGAACAAAACACCCAGGGACACAAGCCAUUUUUCAUUUCAUGGGACCUUUAAACUCGAGUAGCACAAGUUUAUCUUUGGAAAGUCAGGUUCCGCAUGCCUUAACAUCUCAAAUGUUUUGCGAAAGGGAAAAAUAUGUUUAUAUUUUCAUACUUUUGUCCUUGUUUGUAUUUGCAUAUUUUAGAAAUAAAGAUUUUCAACAUUU